CCCGAGAUCGAUGCUGCGGCGCCUGGAGCCGGGGCGGUGCUGACCGCCUCCCGCACGCCCCUUCCCGGGAGCCGCUAUAAAGGGGGCUCGGGGGCUCGGCUGCGCACCGCGCCCCGCCAUGUCCUCCCGGGCACCGCCGCUGCUGCUGCUGCUGCUGCUCCUCCUCGGGGUCGCCGCUGCGCCCCCCGCGCCCCUCAGGGCCCGGCGACACUCGGACGGGACGUUCACCAGCGAGCUCAGCCGCCUACGGGAGAGCGCGCGGCUGCAGCGGCUGCUCAAGGGCCUGGUGGGCAAGCGCAGCGAGCAGGACGGAGAAAACAGCACAGCCGAGUCCAAGGCCGUGGAGGGCCAUCUCUGCCUGCUGUGGUCCCGAGCGUUCCCCCUGCUGCCCUGGACGCCCCUGAGGGCCUCCUUGGAUCGGACCUGGUCUCCCUGGCUGCCCCCUAGGCCCAGGUCUAGGGUUAUGAUUUCAGAACCAGCAGCUGCCACUGCUAAAGGAACCCCGAGGCCCUGACGAAACCCUGAGGGGGAAGGACCCUCCCCACCACUGGACCUGGUCAAGGAGCCUGGACAGGGAAGAGAGUAUGGGGGAGGGGACUUGCGCUUGGCAUCAAUAAAGGAAGAAUUCAGACCCUGGA